AUCUGAUCCUGAGCAGGUGCUGACAGUUCCUUCGGCUGAGCUCGGGGCUCAGCUCCUGCCCCUGAGCAGAGGAUAAAUCGGUACAACAGGGCAGGAGCUGCUCCGCUGGUCAGGAUAAAGAAUGGCUUAUUCCAGUUCAACACGGGACUUUGUUGCCCUUUCAAAUCUGCAUCCAAAUCUUGCUCGUCCUAAUGUAAUCGGUGUGGUUAUUGGAAAAACAGAUGUCAGAAGCUUUCCAGACAGAAAAAACAUUGGGUCUGAAAGAUACACAUUCAGUUUCACUAUUCGUGAUUCACCAUCUCAUUUUGUUAAUGUCAAUUCUUGGGGCAGAGAAGAAUAUAUCCGAUUGCUUUCAGAAAGCUUCAGAGUUGGUGACUGUGUUACAAUUGAAAAUCCUUUAGUCCAGUCAAAGGAAGGAGAAAAGGAAGAAAAAUUCAACCCCGUAACUCCGAGUUGCUACAAAUUACUGAUCAGUGAAAAUCAUUCAGUUGUCAAAACCUCUUCAUGCUACGAAAUGGACACCAAGCUACUUUCUCUGCUGCACCUGCCUGUCAAGGACCCCCAGGAUUAUUAUUCACUGGGUGAUAUCACUGCAAAUGGACAGAGCCUUGAUGGAAGAAUUCUUAAUGUGCUUGCAGCUGUAAUGUCAGUUGGUGAGCCAAAGUAUUUUAUAACUUCAGACAAAAGGAAAGGUCAGAGGUGUGAAGUAAAGCUCUACGAUGAAACAGAGAUGUCCUUUCCAAUAAUAUGUUGGGAUAAUGAAUCUAUCCAGCUUGCACAGAGUUGGAUCCCACGAGAAACAGUAAUAUUUGCAUCAGAUGUGAGAGUAAAUUUUGACAAAUUCAGGAACUGUAUGACUGCAACUGUGAUAUCAAAGACCAUUAUUACAACUAAUCCAGAAACUGCAGAAGCAAAUAUUCUGUUCAGCUUCAUAAGAGAGAGUGCACAAUCAGGAGCUUUGCAUGAUAAAAUGGAGGAGCAGUCGAAAGAGUCCAUUAACUUGGAGACUAUAGUUGAUGUUUAUACUGUGAAGCAGCUGAAAGAAAAAGCUUUACAGAGUGAUGGAAAACCUGAACCAGUGUUUGGCAUUAUUUAUGGUUACAUUUCCAUGCUGGACAUUGAUGAUAAUGUAUCUAAAGUUAUUCGCAGCAGAUGCUCAGUGUGCCGUUUUGUGGUGAAUGAAACGUCAAACACGUGCAACUUCUGUGGUGACAUCUCUCCAGAUUCAAAGUCCACCUUUGUGAGCUUUGACAUCCUUGUUGAUCUGACAGAUCAUACAGGCACUCUUUAUUCUUGUUACCUCUCUGACUGCAUAGCUGAGGAAACCUUAGGCUGCACUGUCCAGGAGUUCCUCACUCUACCAGAAGACAAGAGGACUGCACUGAAAUGGCAGCUUCUUCUAGAACGGAGCAAGAUUUAUUUUAAAAUUACCUUGUCACCCAAUUGGAGAACUGGUCUGAAAGCAAAUAUACUCUCGUGCAAACUAGCGAAUCCUAUAGAAGCAAGUCAGAGCCUGCUGGGAAAGAAGCUGCAGCACGUGGCUUGGUAACAGCUGGGAAAAGGCCAUCUAUUCACUAUGUUUUUAGAGGUAGAAGGUUGUUGUCGCCAUAUUUUGCUAAGGAAUAUGCAUUACUACUUGUUGUAAUUGGGCUUCUGUGGUGUUUUUAAGAUGAUUAUACUUGGAAAAGUGUAGUAGGUCCACAGCCUAAAAGUUAGUUCUACUGAAUUCCACCCUUUAGAAGGGAGGUGGAAGCCUUGUUUGCUCAGUUUGGGAACUAUGGGAAAGUUUUGAAAAAUCAGAAAUGACAAUUAGUACCAGACAGAUCUCUUGAACUUUGUUUUUGACUGCUGUGCUACUUCUGUGUUAUUGAAGUAAAUA